AUGACGGAAGCCAUUCACUCGCAGUACGACUCGAUCCUCAUCCUCGACUUCGGAUCGCAGUACUCGCACCUCAUCACUCGACGAUGCCGUGAGCUCAACGUCUACUGUGAGAUGCUUCCCUGCACUCAAAAGAUCAAGGACCUCGACUGGAAGCCUAAGGGCAUCAUCCUCUCCGGCUCGCCCUACUCGGUCUACGACGACAUCGCCCCCCGAGUCGACCCGGACGUCUUCACCGCUGGCGUGCCCGUGCUCGGCAUCUGUUACGGUCUCCAGGAGAUCGCCUGGAAUCACGGCGGCAAGGUCGACCCGCACGAUAAGCGCGAGUACGGCCACGCCAUGGUCGAGGUUGUCAAGACCGGCAAUCCCCAUCUCGAUGCGCUCUUCAAGAACUGGGAGGGCAGCGUCCAGGUGUGGAUGUCGCACGGUGACCAGCUCUCCAAGGCUCCCGAGGACUUUGAGGUCAUCGCUCGCACUCCCACCGCUCCUUUCGCCGCCAUGGCACACAAGACCAAGCCCAUCUACGGUGUCCAAUUCCACCCCGAGGUGACUCACUCGCUGCGCGGCGUCGAGCUGUUUGACAGCUUUGUCGACAUCUGCGCCUGCCGACGCGACUGGACCAUGGAGACCUUCAUCGACAAGGAGAUCAAGCGCAUUCGCGAGAUCGUCGGCCCCAAGGGCCAGGUGCUCGGUGCCAUUUCGGGUGGUGUUGACUCUUCCGUCGCCGCCAAGCUCAUGCACGAAGCCAUCGGUGACCGAUUCCACGCAGUCAUGGUCGACAACGGUGUGCUGCGAACCAACGAGGCCGCCCAAGUCUACGAGAUGCUCUCCAAGGAUCUCGGUGUCAACCUGACGGUCGUCGACGCAUCCGAGCAAUUCCUGUCUAAGCUCAAAGACGUCGAGGACCCCGAGCAGAAACGCAAGAUCAUCGGCAACACCUUCAUCCACGUCUUUGAGGCCGAAGUCGCUAAGCUCGAGAAGGAGGCGGAAGACGAGGAGGCCGCUGCGCUCGCCGCCGGCAAGCCGCAGGAAGCCAAGGGCAAGUUCGAAUACCUCCUCCAGGGAACGCUCUAUCCCGAUGUCAUCGAGAGCAUCUCGUUCAAGGGCCCCUCGGCGACCAUCAAGACGCACCACAAUGUCGGUGGGCUGUUGGAGGACAUGAAGCUCAAGCUGAUCGAGCCGUUGCGCGAGCUGUUCAAGGACGAGGUGCGUGCGCUUGGCCGACUCUUGGGUAUUCCGGCGCACUUGGUGGGACGACACCCGUUCCCCGGACCAGGACUGGCGAUCCGCAUUCUCGGACCGGUGACCAAGGAGCAGGUCAAGAUCCUGCAGCAUGCAGACAGCAUCUACAUCGAGGAGAUCCGUGCGGCUGGACUGUAUGACCAGAUCUCGCAGGCGUUUGCUGUGCUCCUGCCCGUCAGGGCGGUGGGUGUUCAGGGUGACAAGAGGACCUACGACCAGGUUAUCGCUCUCCGAGCAGCGGCAACGACCGACUUUAUGACCGCCACGUGGUACCCUUUCCCCGCCGAGUUCCUGAGCAAGGUCUCGAACCGUAUUACGAACGAGGUGCAGGGCGUCAACCGCGUCGUGCUGGACAUCUCGAGCAAGCCCCCUGCCACCAUCGAGUGGUUGUAG